GUGUGCCGUAUCGUUUCUUUCUCUCUGCUUCACUCACCUCACCCCCCCUCCAUUCUUUCCAUUGCCGUCCGUUAAAUACCCAAGGGUCUACCGCGCAGCUCGUGAUCAUGGUCCAAACUCGGUCUCAGACUGGAAAGACUCCAAGGUACGUAUGAUGUGGAUACGACGCAAUUCGUUUGUUCCUUUCCCCCCCUUCCCCCUCUCUGUUGUCAUUUGCUCCCGUUUUGCUUCCUAUUCCCCUCGCGAUUCUAACACCCCCCCCCCCCCAUAGGAAGCAGGAAUAUCCAGGUCUGGUCCCGACACCAGCUGUUAGGCGUUCACGUCCCAGUAGCGUUAAGCCGACACCGGAACCCGAAUUCGAGCCCCUCACACCGUCCCCGACGCCUGAGAAAUCUGCUUUCGAGGUCGUGAUGGAGUUCAAGUUGAGGGGGAUGCCCUACGGGGAGAAUGGCUCAGCCAAUGGAUCGACCGUUCCCAAGGGACCCGCGGCGAGUGACGUCGCUGCGAGGGACAAUCUCAAGAUGGGCUACGAUCACAGGGUCGACAAUAGCGGUGAAUUCGAGUUUGGGGGCGUCUGGGGUACUGGGCUUGUUAUGGUCUUCUUCCCGCUGCUCAUGUGGUACAUGUGGGUUGGCCAGGUCUACUACAAUUCUCAAUUCCCCAUGCCGGAGAAGGGAGAGGCGAUUGGCGAUUUUGCAGCCAAGCUCGUAAAGUUGGCUUAUGAGGUAUGAGGAGUUUGGAUGUUUUUUUUGUUUUUAUCUUUCCCCUGUACGUGUGAUUGCGCUACGUUUUUUUUUUUUUUUUUUUUUGUUGUUGACGGAACUACGGAUAGUGCUCGUACCCUACAGGAAAGGCUUGGUUGGUCUACUGGGGGUUCUUGGCUUACCAGAGUUUACUCUACGUCACGCUCCCUGGUGUCUGGGCCAAAGGAAACCCCAUUCCUCACAGGAACAACGUUCGCCUCGAUUACUACUGCAAUGCCAUCUGGGCUUUCUAUUUCACCAUCGCCACUGUCAUUGUCUUCCAUGUGACUCGAAUUCUCCCAAUCACCUUCUUGGUGGACGAGUUUGGGUCCCUUCUGAGCGUUGGCAUUCUCUCAGGUAUUCUGGUCAGCUUUGUGGGCUAUUUCAGCGCAUUAUAUCGGGGCGCUCAGCACAGGAUGACUGGGCGAUUUGUCUACGAUUUCUUCAUGGGGGCUGAAUUGAACCCCCGUAUCUUUGGUUUAAUGGAUCUGAAGAUGUUUUUUGAAAUCAGGCUUCCCUGGUUCAUCCUGUUUCAUGUGUCUUGCGCUGCCGCCGUUAAGCAGUACGAGACUUUGGGAUAUGUCACUCCCCAGGUUGCUUUCUUUCUUUUGGCUCAUUGGCUGUACACCAAUGCCUGCUGUAAGGGAGAGGAGCUGAUUGUCACUACCUGGGACAUGUCGCACGAAAAAUGGGGUUAUAUGCUCAUCUUCUGGAACAUGGCUGGUGUUCCUCUGACCUACUGCCAUGGUGUUCUUUAUCUCGUCAGGCACGACCCUUCCAUAUACCGGUGGUCCACUGGUGUCAAUGUCUCCCUCUACGCCUUCCUUCUCUGCGCGUAUUAUGUCUUCGACACGUGUAACAGUCAGAAGAACAGGUUCAGACAGGUGGAAAAAGGAACACUGGUUGUCAGAAAGGCCUUCCCCCAAUUGCCAUGGCAGACCCUCAAGAACCCCAAAUUCAUCAGGUGCAAGAAUGGCGGCACACUACUCACCAGCGGGUGGUGUAAGUCUGCUCGACCACAAGUGAUGUACAUCUCGUGACGAUAACUAAUCGAGCGUUUUUACAGACGGCCUCGCCAGGAAGGUUCACUACACGGCUGACUUUUGCCAACUGACCUCCUGGGGCUUGAUCUGCGGCUUCGCCAGUCCCCUCCCAUGGUUUCUACCCGCCUUCUUCAUGACUAUGAUCCUCCACCGCGCCUGGAGGGACACCGACCGGUGCGCAAAAAAGUACGGCGCCGACUGGGAGGAGUAUAGGAGACAGGUUCCAUACCUAUUUAUUCCCGUAAGCCCCUGCCACCCCUCCUCCCUCUCUACAAAGCUAAUAUUUCGAACAUAGUACGUUAUUUAAGCAUCACCACCGCCACCGGAACCUCACUCCGCUGCAUGCCAAAAAGAAACUGCUAAAUCUCGUGUUUGCCCCAAUUGUUUGUCAUUUGCCGGCCAGUUGUGUGCCCUUUGGGCGGAUAACAGGAAAUGUGGAGCUUAAUAAUUUUUCACUAUUUUCUUUCCUGUAGAUAACGCCGUUUUUAUUUUAUUUCCUUUGAUGACGGUUGACGGGAACUGUUGUGACUAUUAUUUUUCCUAGCGUGUUUUGGGGAUGUGUGUGCUGGCUAGGUUUAUGAGCCUGGGCCUUUAUUUUAAUGUUUUCUGGAUGCGGUGGGAGGGGUAGGGACGUGAAGUGUACGGUAAUGUAUAAGGAAGGAAGGAAGGAAGGAAGGAAGGAAGGUGGGGGGGGAGCAUGUCAUAGAAUGUGCCGCCGCAUAAAUGAUUUCAAGUACUA